AUGGGCCUGUUGAUCAGCUUGAUGCAAUCAUUCUCGAAUCGUGGCGGGACCCCGCGGGAGGCAAAAAUAUUGUUUUGCGGCCUAUAUGGCUCCGGGAAGACCACUUUACUCUAUAAAAUGAAGCUGGGAAUGGUCGUGGAAACGAUUCCGACGACAGGCUUCAUCGUCGAGACCGUGGAGUACAAGCAGCUUUCGUUGACGUGCUGGGACAUCGGGACCCCCCUCUGGAGGCACUAUUUGGAAAAAACGGAUGCCGUGAUUUUUGUGGCGGCGGAAAAAUUGGCGAGUCUCCUCACCGAAGAUUUACUCAGAAAUACCAUCUUCCUAUUGCUGGCAAAUAAACAGGAUCUUCCAAAUGCUCUGACGGCAGAAGAAUUGGCUCAGGAACUUGGAACGACAGGGAAUCAGACUCACAAAUGGCACAUUCAAGCAACUUCUGCACAUACGGGCGAAGGAAUCUAUGAAGGGUUGGACUGGAUCGAGCGGAAUCUCCCAUCGAAA